UGUCCAUCAAGGAACCUUCUAGAAAGCUCUGGAGUGAAUACGAGAAGAGAGAAAACCCGCUGCACGGCGUCACACACACACAAACACACACACACACGGAUAUACAGAGAGAGAGAGAGAGCGCGCGCGCGAGAGAGACAGUGUGUGUGUGUGUGUGUGUGUGUACUGUACCAUCAUGGCUCAGGCGAAAAUCAGCGCUAGGUUGAAUCCCGACGCCGCUAAAGGGAAGUUCAGCCGGUCGGUGUCGAUGGCGGAUCGCUCCACGCGCUUACUGGAGAGUCUGGAUGAAAUCGAAAUGAGGGUGGAGGCACUAAGGGAAGCCGCCACAGCUAUGGAACACGAGAGGGAGUGCUUAAUUGAAAUGAUCCAGACCAUUCAGAACAGCCAGGAAAUGCGAACCAUUUGCGAUGGAGAGAGAGAAGAACUCACUCUGACUGCUGGUAGACUCAUGGGCCGGACACUGACGGUGACCGUGUCUGUAGACACCAUCCGAAACCCGCAGCAAGAGGACGCACUGCGGACAGCAACAGCCAUCAUCGAUGAGAUCGCUGCUAAAGUGCUCGAUGACAUGGAGAACGCGAGGAACAAGCUGCAGGCCCUUCACGCCGCAUGCCUGACGGAGACAGCGCUUGUUCCAGUUGACCAAAAAUUCCAGACCAUCGUGAUCAGCUGCGCGCUGGAAGACCAGAAGAAAAUCAAGCGGCGUCUCGAGACACUCAUACGGAACAUGGACAAUGCGGAGAAAACCAUCAAGAUCAUGGAUAACCAGAAGGUAGACGAGUCCAAAAGUGCUAAUGGCAAAUGAUGACGUUUGGACAGCACCACCAGUUAUGGACUGAUUAGUGCCUUUACUAAUCGAUGGGAUCAGCACAGCUUAUCAUUUCUCACCAUGUUUUUAUGUAAUGUUACAUUUGUACAGUCCACCAUUUUGGACUUCUGGUUAAUUACAAGAUUACAAAAAUUUUAUACACUGCUUGGCCAAAUUUUAUUUUAUUUUUUACCAUUUUCAGAAGGGUCAAAUUAUUGGUCUGCAUCAAGCAAAGAAAACAACUGCGACUGGGUUAAGUACCGUAAACAGUCAACUCUGCAAAUGUGGUCAGAAAAAAAGGAAUGAAUGGAAAUCACUUAAAGUUGCAUGGUUAAACAAAUUCAACAAUAAAAACCAUAGUUAUAUUUUAUAGUGAAAGUAAGAGCAUUUCCAUAUGCACAAUGUGAUCAAAACUCAUCAUGCAUAGUGGCUACUGUACAAGCCUCUGGAAGCAGUGUUAUGAUCUGGGGUUGGAUCUCAGGUCUAGGCUCAGCAAUGUCAUGUGGCAAUAAAAUUAAAUAAAAAUAAAAUGACACUGCAAUUCAA